AUGGUGAUAUCUCUCAAUCUUGAUGUAUCAACCCAGUUCACCACUCAGCACUCGCUGCCCAAGGCGUAUGAGCAGAAGCACACCCUUUACCAAUUGACCAAGAACCGCGACUUGGCCUCUAUGGAGGGUGAAGAAUGGAAGAUCUGGCGUAAGAGGCUCAACCCGGCUUUCAGCAUCCAGAACAUCAAUAGUCGUAUCAUAGACAUCCUUGAGGAGGUCGAGGACUUUGCGGCUGUCCUCAAGAGUAAGGCAGGUGAUGAUGGUCAGUGGGGAGAUGUUUUCUUAUUUGAGAAGGCUACCACCAAUCUUGCUCUCGAUGUCAUCGUGCGCUUUUUCCUGUAA